CAAUAAAUAAAUCACACACACACACACUAGGUUUUUAAAAAAAUCAUAGAAAAAUAAUAAAUAAGUUAAAAUAAUUUAUGAUAAUUGCAAGGAUUAGAAAUCGUGAAUUGAAAAAGUGCAGAAAAAAUAUUUAUAUAUAAUCCAAAAUGUCAGAAAAUGAUAAUAUGGGUGAUACCACAGAUGUUGGAGAUGAGUUUAAGAGGCCUAUGAUCUUUAAAAAGCCCUCGAAAAAGGUUACAGUAAACACUGAGAAGUCUGGAAGCAGUGCAGAGAAAGAUAGGAGUGAGAGCCAGGAAGAAGUUCCACUAUCAUCCCCUGAGAUACCAUAUAAGGUGCCUACAUGGUCAGGCCUAUGCCCGGAAGGUACAGAUUAUGCUCUGGAGGUGCUCAAAUCUGGUAUGAUUCUAGAGAAAAUAGAGUUGGCCAAUAAACCUUAUUAUGUGUUUGGGAGAUUAACUAACUGUGAAGUCAUGAUGGCACAUCCUACGAUAUCCAGGUAUCAUGCAGUUCUUCAAUACAAGUCUUCUGAAAAUGAAGACCAACCAGCCGGCUGGUAUUUAUAUGACCUGGGCAGCACGCAUGGCACUUUCCUAAACAGGCAAAGAAUUAAAGAGAGGCAUUAUGUUAGGGUCAGAGUUGGGCACCAAAUCAAAUUUGGACUUAGUUCUAGGAUUUAUAUUAUGUUGGGUCCAGACUUCGACGCUGAAGGUGAAUCAAGUUUAACUGUCACUGAAAUAAAGAAGCGAGCAGCAGAAAUGAUGUUAGAAAGACAGAAGAUGGUAACUGAGUCAGGAGAGGGAGACAAAUUAAAUGCAGAAUCAAGAAAAGAAAGAGAGAAGCAAUUACGUAUACAAGAUAUAAGAGAAAGAGAGAAGGCAAGGCUGAAGGAGGAAGCUUUACGAAAAGAAAAAGAGAGGAUGAAAGACGAGGGAAUUGAUUGGGGAAUGGGUGAAGAUGAACCAGAAGAAGAACCAGACCUAGCUGACAAUCCAUAUGCAUCAACUGCUAAUGAAGAGUUAUAUCUGCAGGAUCCUAAGAAAACACUACGAGGAUUCUUUUCCAGGGAGGGUAUUGAACUUGAGUAUGACUGUGUGGAAAAAGGAGUUGGACAGUUUGCCUGUAGUGUGGAGCUACCAAUAGACGACGCUCAAGGUCGUCCAGUAAUCGCAGAAGUGAUACAUCGCGGUAAGAAGAAGGACGCAGUCGUGGCCUGCGCUUUAGAAGCUUGCCGCAUACUGGACAGAGUUGGCCUUUUGAGACAGGCCAAACAUGAAUCACGCCGUCGCAAAGAGCGCGACUGGAGCGCUGACGACUACUACGAUUCCGAUGAAGAUACGUUCUUUGACCGCACUGGCGUCGUGGAGAAGAAGAGGAAAACACGCAUGGUCAAGCUGGGCGUGACCACACAGUCCAGCAAACCACUUGAUUACUAUGAACUGGUCAAAAAAAUAGAAGAACUAGAGUCAAAUAUAUCAAAGGAAGAGGCAUCAAUGGAGAGUAUGCGCGAGGAAAUGAAACAGAAUCAACAAUAUAAGGAACAUUUAGAUGAUUACAAAACAACGGAUGCAAUUCCUAAUUAUUAUCAAACUACUGAACACAAGGAGAUGAUUUCAAAAUCUAAGUUAAAAAUAAAAGAAAUGCAAGCAGAAUUAGUAGAAAUGCGGAGGCUUGCAGAGGUCGCAAAACCUACUCAAUUACCAGAACUUAUCAAAAAUACAGCACCUAUCCUUCCUAUGAAAAAAACAAACUCUGUUAUCUAUGGAAAAAGGAUAAGGUUAAAAGGUGAUCUGAUGAAAAAACUUCCCAUUAAAAAAGUAACAAAACAAGAAACUCAAGCAUUUGUGGAAGAAGUAGACUCCGAUGAAGAAACAGAACUUUCUACAGAAAAAUCUAGUUCAGAAACAAGACUUUCUAAUAAUAUAGAAGUCAGUGGAGACACUAAGUGUUCUACUAGCAUAAAAGCACCUCUUAAUACAAGAAGUUCUUCAGAAAUUUGUAGUGAAACUGGGCCUUCUUGUAGCAUGGUUAUUUGUGAUGAAGAAAAAACAGAUUCAAAUACAGAACAGGAGAAAAGCUCAGAAAAAAAUGAUGUAUCAAAAGAAAAGAAAAUGUAUGGUCCAAUGAGACCGCCGGCAGACUAUGUGAUACCAGAGAGUUAUUUUGACCAAGAGACUGACAGAGAUUUACCUGAAAUCACAGAUGAAAAUGACACUUAAUAAAUAAUAUUU